AUGCAGAGCAUGGCGGCGGCGUGCUCGUCCUCCUCCUCCUCCAGAGCCUGCGCCGCGGCGCGCCGCUCGUACCCAUCCCCCGCCCUGCCUUCCUCGCGCCACGUCGCGCUCUCGCCCUCACCGUCCUCCGCCCCUUCUUCUCAUGGCUGCCGCUGGCCGGUCGCCGGCGCCGGCGCGCCGGCGCUCUCGCUCGGCAUUCGCGGGGGCCUGCGGCCGCUCCCGUCGCCCCUGCUCGCGGCGAGGACGCGGGCGGCGGCGGCAGUGGCCGCGUCGCCGCCGGCGGCAGACGGGGGCGGAAAACCCGAGGGCACUGACGGCAUUCCACGGACGCUGCAGCUCGGGGCCAUGAUCAUCGUCUGGUACCUGCUCAACAUCUACUUCAACAUCUACAACAAGCUGGUUCUCAAAGCCGUGCCCUUUCCGUACACCAUCACCACCUUCCAGUUCGCAUCCGGAUCCUUCUUCAUCGCGCUCAUGUGGCUGCUGAAUCUGCAUCCGAGACCGAGGCUCUCCCUCAAACAGUAUGCAAAGAUCCUGCCUCUUGCUUUGAUCCACAUGCUGGGAAAUGUUUUUACCAAUGUGAGUUUGGGCAAGGUGGCUGUCUCCUUCACGCACACCAUCAAGGCCAUGGAGCCCUUAUUCUCUGUCCUCCUCUCUGUCAUGUUCCUUGGAGAGACACCUUCUGCAUUGGUGUUGGGUUCGCUCGUCCCUAUUGUUGGUGGAGUUGUAUUGGCAUCCAUGACUGAAGUUUCUUUCAACUGGAUUGGAUUUUGGAGCGCCAUGGCUUCAAAUCUUACCAACCAAUCACGGAAUGUUUUAUGCAAGAAACUUCUCACUGAUGAAGAGGACAGUUUUGAUGAUAUAAACCUGUUCUCAAUAAUGACUGUCAUGGCAUUCUUGUUAUCUGCUCCACUGAUGCUAUCUGUAGAAGGCAUCAAGUUUAAUCCAUCGUACCUGCAGAGUGCUGGAGUUAAUGUAAAAGAGCUAUGUGUGAAUGCAGCACUUGCUGGAACAUGUUUCCAUUUUUACCAACAGGUUUCAUACAGUUUAUUGGCUAGAGUAUCUCCUGUGACCCAUUCGGUUACCAACUCUCUCAAACGGGUGGUGGUCAUCGUGUCAUCUGUUCUCUUCUUCAGAACUCCACUUUCACCUAUAAAUGCCUUAGGAACUGGUAUUGCUCUUGCUGGAGUUUUCCUGUACUCUCAAUUCAAAAAGGCAAAACCAAAGUCUAAGGCUGCAUAAAUACAACCACCUGGUGAGGUAACAAACUAUAGAAGGAUCAAGAAUUCGGGAACUGUCAACUGAUGUGGUGAAAUGGACUUGCCUUCAUAGUAGCAAACAUGAAACAGGUGUUGUUUCUCCAAGUUUGUCUUAACCAUAUUCUCUUGUCAGCUUCUUUGGCUGUGAGAAUCCUGUACACAAUAGUCAAGAGGUUGUGGUGGAACAGUACCGAAAUAGCAUUGUCAGAUAGUUUUCAAGAGAAUGCAAAUUUUGGCACAUACUCGUAGUUCUCAUUUAGUGGUAGCCUGAUACUCUUUGAUGUGAUUGCUUGAAAAAAAAACUCUUCGAUGUGGAUGAGAUUUAUCCGUC